AGAUCGCAGACGGGAUCAUCCCACACCCACCUCUGCCCAGUCGAAAUGCAGCUGCAAAGCACUCGAGACCAAUAUCUGCUGGGGGACUAUCAUCGUCAGGUCGGUGGGUCUUCAGUAAGAACAUAAAGAUAUGACUGGAGAAGAAAAAGCCAAUGAAUUAGAGCAACAGUUGCUGAAAAUGGGCUUUGAACUGAGACGUCUUGCAUUGUUUGAAACCGAAUGCAACCGCAAGGAUGGUGAAAUUGUUAGCUUACGCAACGAAAUUGCAGAUCUGAGGUCAAUUUUGAGCAAAAAGGAAGAUGAGUUUCGUAGGUUUGGGUUAGACUAUAAGUACUCUGGCGAGUCCAUAUACUCACAACAUGAUUCUGAUAUGUUGAAAAAUGUCAUCCAAGAGAAGGACGAUUUGAAAAGACACAGCGCACAUAAGCUAGCCUUACUCCAGAGUCAGUUGAAUCAAAAGAACAAGGAAAUUAAGGACCUAGAAGAAAGGCUGGACGAAGUGCUUGCUGGAAAAUCAUCAAGGCAAUACCCAGAUGCAUCAACCGACGUAAUUGCCUCACUGAAGUCGACAUUAGCUCGUAAAGACCUUCAAAUCGCUCAGCUGCAGACUGAUCUUGAGAAGAGUAACAAACAGAAAACUCAAUCAGCUUCCUUGGUAAUAACAUUACAAAGAGAAAUUUCAACAAAAGAUGCUCUUGUUCAAAAAAGCAAUAAUGAAGUUGACAGAUUGAAAAGGGAUAAUAGAGAAAAGGAAAGCCAAAUAGCCUUACUCUCUGCAAAGAUCACGAAACAGAGAGCCAGCAAGGAAGUAGAGAAAGAUUUUCGUAGAAAGGAAGAAGAACUUGGUUCCUUUCGACAGAAAUUGUUGAAUGCAGAUCAUCAAAUUCAGGAUAAGAUAACAACAAUUCAUAAAAUGGAGAAUGAAAUCGAAAAUUUGAGAAGAAUUAUCGAUGAAGGCAAACAGAAUGAUGUUCACAUGCAGAAAGAACUGCAAAACAUGCGAAUUCAGUAUGUGGAAAAAGAGCGAGCUGAUAAAUCAAACCGGAUAGAACUCAAAGAAAUGCAAAUCAAGAGAGACACAUUUAUGAACGAAUUAUCACGUAUUGUUUACGCCAGUGGUCUAGUAAAACCAGACAAAGAUAUUCAUGAAGAAGAUUUCAUUAAGAUAAUUGAAAAAGUCAUCGAUGAGAGAACGAGCCUAAAAUUAAGGGCUGAUGAACUUUAUGGGUAUGAAAAGGAGUUGAAACAUUACGCGAAGGAAGAUGAGCACUAUCGACAUGGCCUUGAGAAGUUCCUUACGUCGAUGGAAAAAAGGCUGAUUAGAAAUGGUAGACUUUGCGAAUCUCUUGAUGAUGAGAUCAGGAGUAUCCACGAUCUUGAUCUGACUGGCAGCCUAUCAUGGAUCAAGGAUGUAAUUAUUGGUAUUUUGGAACAAGAAAGGAAUUGGGAGCAAAGCAUAGAAGAUGCUUUGCUGGAUGCAGGGAUGGAAGUUGACAGGGGAAAAAAAGAACCCCCUCAUUUGAUUAGAAAAAUGAAGGAAAGAAUAAUGAAAAAGAAAGAGAAGAUUGUGAAUUUGAAAGCCAGACUGAAAGCUGUUGGUGGCGAGCACGAAGAAUCUUUGAAGAACUUCAAGACCAAGUUUCUGCAGGAUACGGAGGAGGAAGUUACCAAGGCAGUUGAGAAAUUGAAACGAGAUGAAGAGAAAAAGAUACAGGACCUGAGCCACGAAUUUUUGAAAAGAGAGAAACAGAAAAUUGCAGAGGCCAUUGAGACAGAGAGAAAAAUCUUCGAAAGGGAAUUUGGAAAUUUGACCGAGCUUCAUAAACAAUUAGGCCAAACACAGCUCGCUAUCGACCAGCAUAAAAGCAAAUCGCUUACAUUGGAAGACCAAGUUUUGCAGCUAAAAUUUGCAAUGGAAAAAGCCCAACAGAAUGAGAAUGAAUUGAGAAGAGAAAUUGAAGAACUUCAUGUGAAUCAUAAAGUUCAACUUGAGGCUGUUAAUCAAGACAAGGAAGAAGUGAAGCAGAAAUGUUUGGAAGAGAUCAAUGUUUAUAGAGAACAAGCCCACCAAUACAGUCUGACAAUUGUUGCACUUGAGGAUAAGUUACUGAAGCUCAGCAAAAGCAGGAAAAAAACGGAUGACGAUCUAACCUACAUGAAACAGUACAGAGAUUCUUUUUCACUCACCGGUAAAACUUCACCUCGGCCUAAAAGUCCAAAAAGAAUGAUAUCAAGGCCAACCUCGCCUCGAAAGGUUUACAAACGAGAUGCUGCUAAUUUAACGGACAUAUCUUUAUUGGAACAGGAUGUCCGAAGAAAAGAGGAGAUUGAAAGAUUGGAGCAGCUGGUCAUCGCUCUCAGGAAGGAGGCAGGCGACGCAAGGAGACAAACCAAUGAACAAUCAGAAGUCGUCAGGGGACUGAGGCGAGAUUUAGCAGGAGCUUCAGCAAGGCUUUCAGAUAUAACAGGCGAACUCGAUGAUACUCAGAAACAGAAGAUUGAAGAACUACAAACGCGAAUAGUGAAACAAGACGAAGAGCUUUUUGUGCAAAGAAAGCAGCUUACUGAGUUAUCAGCGCUGCUUGAAAAACAAAAGAAAGAACUUCUAAAGAGAGAUGAUAAACUGAAAGAACAGAUUUUUGUGACCAAAGAACAGGAAAAGAAACUGAAAGAGAAAGGGAAGGAAAUUGUUCAGCUGAUAAGGACGCAUGAGGACAAGGAGGAUGAAGGCGAUGCAGAAAAAUUAGAAAUCGCAAAACAGGCCUUUGCCAGCCAAGAAGUUGUAGCAGCUGGAGCUCGUUGCCUUGGUGACAAACACGAUCAGACAAUCUUGAGACAGAGAGAGGCUAUUGCUGAAAUGCGACAGAGAAUUAAAGACCUUGAACAGUUCCAGCCACCUUAUCCAUCUCAACAAGCCGCCUUACAGCAAGUAGGUAUUAUGAAACGGGAACUUGCCGAACUCAGGAGCGAGCUGGCGAUUAGGGAACAGGAUAUGUACAAAGACGAGACCCAACUGCAGUCUGAGACCCGAGUCUCUAGAGAACUUUUGAAUUCUGUAAACCAAGAGCUAGCUAUUGAAAAACUCGCUCACAACGAAACAAGAGAUGCAUUGGAUAUCAGUGAGAGAAUUUACAUUGAUCUGAUGCGAGCCGUUUGCGGUUUGUUGGACAUGGAGGUGCCGAAAAAGGUUGGAACGAUAAUUCACGUACCACCAAAAGAGAAGGAAAAGCUGAUCAAUGGAAGGAACAAUAUUUUAGAAACUAUAAUAAAAAGGCUAGAUGCCCUACAGAAAAGACUUGGUCGUAAAGAAAAGUUGCUUGGAGGAUAUGAGAAAGAUUUGACUCAGUUAAGAGACACUGAAGAGCUUGCUGGAAGAAAGUCGGCUGAAACAAUUUCUUUGUCGACGUCUUUGAGAAGUAAACAGAAUGAAAUCGACUGCUUGAGAGAAGCCCUGAAAAGAGUGCGCGAAGAGCUGGACCAACAAAAGAGACUGAAUAAAUCGUUGUCGCAAAGAAAGGUUUUUAAGAUGGAUUUAGAACAACAACGCGAGAAGGAGAACAGAGGGCAUCAUUGUUAUGAAGAUGACGAAACAAAGCACAAGGAAGAGAUGAAGAAAAGAAAACAAGCUGAAAAACUAAAGCGGAAAAGUUAUGAAAUCGAAUCCCUGAAAAAGGAACUUCGUUCAGCUGACCUAGAGCUUAGUGAAACUGCCGCAAGACUUCAUGAGUUUCAGACGAACCAGAGUCGCCUGAGCCCAAGAGAAGAACCCAUCGAGGAAACUGCGGAGCCUGCUUUUGAAGAGUUAUGGAAGCACUCUUAAUAUCAUAGCAAUCAUCAUAUGAAGCAGAAAGAUUGAUGAGUAGAUUUUAACAAAUUGCACUUUUAAGCAUGUUGACAAAUGAAUUUUAGCGAAGAGCACUUUAGAACUGAUAAAGAGACAGUUUUGAGUUCUUGAUAACUUUAAAUCACGUGCGAUGGAUCUGCUCCUCUUUAGAGCAUUUUGCAUAACUAGGUUUCUUGUGUAAUGACUGUUGGAGAAGCGGCUCUGGAAACAUACCGGAGGUGGUACCAAGGUUUAAAACUCCGAACGCUAUCGUAUGCUGUGCUGUCUUCAAGUUUGUUCGAAUAUUUAUGAUCUGAACCGUUAUCUGAUUAAAAAUUUAUCACGAUUUUACAUUUUAACAGCUUUUCAUCACAGUUUAAAGUUCGUUGAGUUCGAGAUUUUUUUCUUUUCUCAAUAAUCAGAUGUACAUAUUAUAUUUUUAAAUUUUGAUGGUACACAAAUGUUUCAAUGGA